GUCACCCACCUUGUUGCAUGGCUAUCAAAAGUCAGUCAUUCAUCUAUCGGAUAUACCAAAGCUAGAACAAGCCAGCAUGUAGAUUUGCUGCAUUGAAAUUCACCGAAGACUUCAUACUGUCUCGCAAGAUUCAGAAAUAUAUACGUGGAAAUAAACUAGUUUAUACAUUGGUCGUUGAAGGUCGGAUAUUGAAGUAUGCUUCAAAAGCAUUCCAAUCCACCUAUUGGUUUAGAACGAAUGCAUCGAUAUUUUUGUUAUGUAUGCGGAACUCUCUUACCUCAUAAAUUAGAAGUUAAUGAUUCAUUGAUUUGUCGGAAAUGUAAAACUUCCACAUUUAUGCGUUGGUUCAUCAAUAUGGAAGCAAGUUUCAAUACUAAAGCUAAAUCAAAUCAGACGUAUCAUACUGAUAAUGAUGAAUAUGAAUCUACGUGUUUAUUCUUCCCAUCUAUGAUUAAAGGUGCCAAGAAGAUAUUAAGAUCAGAAAUUGCACUAAACCAAGCAUUAGAAUCACAGUUUGAAAAUGAUACACCACAACCAACAUUUGAUGGACCAAGUAUUAGGAAAGAAUGUGCAUAUUGUGGUAAUGAUCGGAUGACGUAUGUAACACUGCAAACUCGUUCAGCAGAUGAAGGACAAACUGUAAUAUAUACUUGUACACAGUGUGCUAAAAAAGAAAUUGAAAAUACAUGACCAAGUUUUUUGGACUUUCUGUAUUAUUUACUAAAUUGUUAGUUGUGUUUGCAUAAUCUUUGUUUGGUGCUCUCUAGCACACAGCCAGUCAUUACCUCCUCCUUUUGACAAAUAUAUACGCCGAAAAAUCUGCUUAAAAUUCAUACUACUUGUGAGUAGCGUGAUGUUUAAUUUGUAAUUAUCACAGCAGCACUCGUGUAUAGUCGAUUCCCAACCUUGUUUGAAGAAAACUAGGAUUUUAAGUCGACCUAAACUUACUCAUCUAUGA